ACAAAGAGCUGAGCGCGAGGCAGAGGCAGACCCAGAGCCAAAGCUCGAGUACAGCUGAAUAAAAAGAAGACGAAGAAGAAGAAGCAGCAGCAGAAACUUAAGCCACAUUCAUCGUACUCGUCGUGUUUGGUCGUCGUGCUCGUAUCGGCAGCCAGAGCUGAAAGCGAAACUGGCGCUCAAGUUCAGCGAGCGAAUCGUCGUCGCCGCCGCCGCCGCCGUCGAUUUCUAUGCAAAUUAUUACUCAGAAAAACAUAUAAAAAGCGUGCUAUUUAUAUUUCGCUAAAUGUCGACUUGAAGCGCCGCCGUUGCCGUCGCCGUUGCUGCAGCAGUGGCAGAGACUGUGACGAAAACGGAGAUUGGAACGGGAGCACGGGCACGGGUACGGGAACGGGGACCUGGAUUGUAACCCGAGACCGAGUCGCCAAGUCGCGCAACACGACAAAUACAGAUCGUAUCUGUAUCUAUAGCAGCGACAGUCGCUGUCUGCUACUGUAUUAGUGCGUGUGUGUGAGUGUGUGUGCGUGUAUCUGUAUCUGAAGCGGCACACAGAGCGCAAAAAGUAAUCAUAAACUAAAGCAACAAUAAAGCGAGCGAAAACGUAAAGCGGAAAAAGUAAGCUAAAAGUCACUUACAAAAAUCAAAAGCAAAAAAAAAAAAAAAUAAAAUAAUAAUAAUAAAAACGCGCCUCUUUCCGUCGAACGUCGAUCGUCGAUCGUCAAACGACAGAGCAGACGUCAGCGAAAUUAGCUCCAGCUGCUGCUCCGUUCGGUUAAUCGGGCGCUCCGACUCCGACUCGAGUCGUGGGUGAGAUACAGAGCUGGUCUCCAAUGGGAUUGUGAUUAAAAUAAUUAUUAUUGUUAUUGUGUUGUGAUUGUGCUUGUGGUCGACUGGGCCCAGGACAUCAAGUGAAACCCGAAAAGAGAUCUCUACAGAGCACCGCGAGCUGCGUCAGCACGUAACGUGAUCCGCCUUGCGUAUGUACUGAAGACACCGCCAAAUGAACUGAGUAUACAUAAAGACACGCAAGAGAUAACUAACUGAUAGCAAUGGAAUAUCUGUGUAUAUUGAACGCCUUCGAGCAGCAGAGCUAUUACAAUCGCAUCAUGGAAAUGGAGCGACUGGCAGCUGUCUCAAAGCAGUCUUCCCUCGGCAGAUCGGCCUCCGCCUCGGCGAGUGCUUCAUCAUCAUCUGCUGCAUCAUCAACGGCUAGCUCGCCCACGGCGGUAACCAGGGAGGCUGCCGCUGCCGCCACAGCUGCCUUAUCCUCGACGCGCCACUUCCCGGCCAGCUUUGCGCACGCAGCGGCCCUUGCGGCCACGCAACAACAGCUGCAGCAGAGAUUCGCGGCGGCUGCCUUUCAGCAGGGCCAGGCUGAGUUGCCGGCGCAGUCGCCACUGUUUUAUCAGCAGCAGCAGCUGCCGGGAGCUGCACAUCAGCAGCCAUUAACUGGAUCGCUGCAGCCGAACAACUCCAACAUGGCCAACAGUUUGCUCUGGCAGCCGUGGCGGGAUCUGCAGCAGGCAGCGGCCAUGCAUCAUCAGCUCUGCAAGCAGCAUCAGCAGCAGCAGCAACAGCAGCAGCAGCAGCAGCAGCAGUUGCAAAAAGAAACGCGCCUGACAUCAAAAGAGCUUCCAACCACCAAGUGGCGUCGCGAGCGUCGCCAACGUUCCGGCGCCGCCGAAUAUUAUCAUGUUCGCGAUGCUGGCAACGGUCUCUUCAUUGUCGGUGACCGGGCGAGGGAAAGAGAGAGGGAGCCGGACAUGGACAGCCCCAUUGAUAUGUCGGUGACGUCGAGCACUGUGAAGCAUCAGCGCGCCUCACCGCCUCCGCCGUACCGCGAGCCGCUGGCGGGAGGAGCAGCAAGCAGCCACAGCUACACGGCCAGCCGGCCCAGCGUUAUUACCCAAGCACCGCCCAAACGGGAGCAGCCGGAGCAUGUGCAUCACAGCUCGCACUCCAAUCCCGAGCAUGACCAACGCAGUGCGGAGUCCGAUUCUAUUUGUGACAUUGACGAGCAUUUCCGGCGCUCUUUGGGGCCGGGCUAUGCGGCGCUGUUGAAAUCGCCAUCAUCCAGCUCGCCCACACCGUCGCCACAGCCACAGUCUCAGUUGCAGCCGGUGGCUGGGAGUGGAACACCCAUGCAGCAGAUCUCGCCACAAGGCUAUCGGCAACAACCAACAACAACAACUUACCAGCAAAAUCACUCGCCAUUGCCGCUGACACUGCCCAUGUCUAAGCUGGGCUUGCCCAUCGUUCACUCACCCACGUUGCAGUCUGCACCGGUAUCGCCGCAGCACGAACUGCCGCCGCCCCAGGAGGAGCCGCUGUCCCUGUCUCCGCCGCCCGUUCGAGCAGCUUCCGCUUUGUCGUGCCCUUCGCCACCGCUUGGCGCCAGCCAAAUAUUAGAUGCACCCGUAACCAAGAGAGAGAGAGCCCUGGACACACCUCAUCAUACACCCCCCAGAUGUAAUACACCACCACCGGCCUAUGGCAGCGUAGUGAUGGCAUCGACGCCAACGCCGCCCACCAUGCCAGCUAUUAUACGUGUGAAAGCCGAACCGGGACUGGCCGCAGCAUCAUCGACGCAUACGCCGCCCGCUUCGCCUACCUCAUCCACAAACAUUUCGAUAUUCACCAAGACUGAGGCCUCUGUAGACGAUCACUUUGCCAAGGCACUGGGCGACACAUGGAAAAAGUUGCAGGGCCAGAAGGAGUAGACCGGCAGUGCAAAUGUGAGGACCAACUCAAAAGCUGUUCUUAUUUAAAACUACACAAUUGAUUUUUAAAGAUCUCAUGACGAUGUGAAAAUUCUUCAAAUGCGAGUGUAUUACAAGUUUCUUAUUAUGAUUUUAUUAUUGAAUAUGAAUAUAGUUAUGGAAAAGCGUAUACGUACAUGUGACAAAAUUGGUAUUCUUAAUGCAUAGUUGCAUAGAUAGACUAAUCCUUAAUAUGUAUUAAAUUAUGUGCAUACAUAUUUAUGUAUGCAUAUUACGUAUGUUUAUUUCAUAAUUCUAAAUUAUGAAUUUAAUGUAAGCUUAUGUUUAUCCAAAUGAAUCCUAUAAAACUUAAAUCAAACGAGUGGCAAAUACACAGUACUCUCUAACAAGCACUCUAUUAUUAUUUAAGUGAAUCUUACAAUAAACAUUAAAAUAAA